AUGGUGUUCCUAAAAGAAAGACCAGAUGUAAAUGAUGAAAAUAUUCAAAAUAUUAUCGGUGCAGAACAAUUCGUUUCGGUACAUUUUGUGUUAUCGCUGUUUAUCACGGAUCUGCAUCAUGCACAUCCUCCUGUCCGAUCAACUGGGGAGGAAGGCGGCUCGAAUCCCUCCUCCUCUCUUACUGGAUUUCAAGACGCCGAAACCCCGUUGUCUUCGGCCACAGCUCCACUGCAUAGCCCGUUCUCAACAGCUAGAGAGUCGAAAUGCUGGAUUUUGAUGAUAAUUUUGAAAGUUUGGCUUGUUCAGAUUUGUCAUCAGGCAGCUCAGAUGCUGAUGCAUGAUGAGAUGCUGGUCAGAGUGCAUGAUCCCAGAGGAAUGGUGAUCGUUGGUGAUAUCCAUGGGAGUUUCGUGGACUUGCUGAGAGCGCUCUGUGAUGGUGGUUGGCCAUCUGAAAGAACAAUCAUAUUUUUGGGUGACUAUGUGGAUCGGGGUAAAUACAGUGUUUCGGUAGUUCUCCUGCUUUUGCUAGUGAAAGUUCGAUUCCCGUCAAAGACUUAUCUUUUGCGAGGAAAUCAUGAAACGAUUGAAGUGAAUUUGAACUAUGGUUUACCUGAAAUGUUGAUCGCAAUAUAUGGCGACAAACAAGGUGCCUCAUUAUUCUACACUUUGAAUUGUGUUUUUGAUUGCUUGCCUAUUGCUGCUAUUGUUUCAGAUCAGUUGUUUUGUUGUCAUGGAGGUAUAUCUGAGUAUCUGGAUUAUGAUAGAUCGUGUAUAGCCGGUAUAGAACGUCCAACGAGUUGGCUAAACGAUAGCACGGAUAUUUGGGAUAUUUUGCUGAUUACGGACACUCUUUGGGCUGAUCCCUGUUCUGAGUCGGAUUCAAAAAUCAGUCGUAAUCGAAAACGUAAUGAACAGAUAUCGAAUGGACGAGCUUCUCAUCGAAGUAAACAAUUUGUCAAGCUUGAUGAAGCAUAUAUACCGUCGGAUCGUGGUGUAUCAUAUUGGUUCAGUAAAGCAGUUCUGAUGAAACAAUUAAGAAAACUGAAAUGUCGAGUGUUGGUUAGGGCGCAUUGCCCCUAUGAGGAGGGCUUCAAAAAACAUUUCGAUGGUCUAUGCUAUACACUGCAUUCAACUUAUGGUCUGUGGAAUGCAGGCGCUCAAGACGAUUCUGAGCAAAAGUAUGGUACUGGUGAAACUGACAGGAGUAGCGAUAAAGAAAUCGCUAUUGAUAAUGAUAACGAUUAUGGCUCCGAUAACGUUGAGAAUGAAAAUUAUGAAGCCGCAAUAAUGUUAUUGGAGUUUAAUCAGAAAACAAGUCUGCUGAAAGGUGAAGCCAGAUUCUAUAGAGCUGGAGAUGAGAGUGGUGUGAGGCAGCGAAUUGAAAAAAUUAUUCAGAAAAUGACUUCAGCGUAUGUU